AUGCCCACCUUCUACGUUCGCCGCAGUUACCACCCUUUGAGACGUGCCUUUGCCGUCUCGAGGCGUCUCCUUGAUACUGUACCAGAUAAUGAGCGCCCAAUCCUGAUACGAGCUCUGCGCACGGCUGGCAAUGCGCUGAAAUACCACAACAUGCUCGAAAAAGAGCGUGCCAAACGCUUUGAUGCGAUGUGCCCCGAUGUCUCUCUGGACCUUGACAAGCACAUUGAAUCGGUCAAGCGUCUGUUCGAAAAGGUGAACGAGAAGAGAUCAGCAGGUCCUGAUUCUCCUCCUAUUGAAAAGCUCCCGGCCGACACCAUCCAUCUCCAUCUCAAUCACCGCGCUUAUGGAGAAGCGGCAAGGCUGUAUAACAUCACCCUCACCCGACAUAUGGAGGUCUACUACCCCAUGUGGCUUGGCGCGAAGGAUGCCGUGGAUAGGGUCGUGGAGGAUUGCGAGAUGGAGCCAGCUGCCAAACGGGAGUGGCUGGACCAGUGGAAGAUCUUCGUGGCGGAGGUCAUGGACCACCUCACUCCUCUUGAGGACCUGCUGUUUCCACUGUGGGAGGAUAGCGUUGGCGUACUAAGGGACGCCAUCACUGAGCACGUUGAGGAGCCUGAGCAUCUCCUCAACACAUUCCAUAUCAGCUGCGGUUGGUCGCCUUGA